AUGUUAACAACGAGUCUACCUUCGGAUCGCCACAAUAGAAGAAAUCUCUAUUGUCAUUUAGCCUCUAUCUCUACAGCAUCAAAAACUGGCGUACAUUGCCUACUCGCCGCGGACUUGCUGAACUUUGGAAACGAUGAGGCAACCAAGAACAAGGUGGAAGAAGAGAAGCGCUUUAUCCUCAAUCUUGGAAAGCACCUGUUUGCUGAAGUGCCAGAUUGUAAAACUGGUAUUUGGGUUUACGGUUUUGUUGAAGGUAAUCCGACCUCUCCUCUCUUAACUAAUGAAACUAUGAUUGAUAGCUACAACGAGUUCGAAAGCAGCACUGAUGAAAUGAUGAGGCUGACAGCCAACAUAUCUGGGAUCCAUAAUCAAAGGUAG